ACAGGAGCGAAGGAGAACGUCGAGAGAUCUGCGGAGGUGCCGGCCGCCCCUUCCGCCGCAGCGUUGUCCCCCUUUGCCGCGCCAGCCUUGCAAGUGGCCCGAAAGGGGGCGGGGGAAGGCGGGGCAGGGGCGGAGCCGCGGGCGCGGCGCCGCGCUGUCCCCGGCCGCCGCCCGCUGGGGUUACACACCGCGUGUAAACAGUACCCCCGGGCACCAGCCCAGGCACCGCGAGGGAGCGGAGCUGCCCGGCCCGCCGCCCGCCGGGAGCCAGCGCCGAGCCUAGCCGAGCGCCCUGCGCCGCGCGGCCCGCCCGGGAGGAGGGCGCCGAGGAGCGAGGAGGGCGGGCGGCGGGCGGGAGGCGGAGGGGGCGGGAGCGGGCGGCGAGCGCCGAGCGCCGAGGCUGAGGGAGCGGCGGGCGCGGCGGGCCACGAUGGAUUUCCAGCAGCUGGCCGACGUUGCGGAGAAAUGGUGCUCCAACACGCCCUUCGAGCUCAUCGCCACCGAGGAGACUGAGCGCAGGAUGGAUUUCUACGCCGACCCUGGUGUCUCCUUCUACGUGCUGUGUCCGGACAACGGCUGCGGCGACAAUUUUCACGUGUGGAGUGAGAGUGAGGACUGCCUGCCUUUCUUGCAGCUCGCACAGGAUUACAUCUCCUCCUGCGGCAAGAAGACUCUCCACGAAGUCCUGGAAAAAGUCUUCAAGUCUUUCAGACCUUUGCUGGGGCUUCCGGAUGCAGAUGAUGAUGCAUUUGAAGAAUACAGUGCAGAUGUGGAAGAGGAGGAGCCAGAGGCGGACCACCCCCAGAUGGGGGUCAGUCAGCAGUAAACCUCCAAGGGCUCUCACUGGAGAAGGAGAGUGAGCCCUGUGGUACCUAGGUGGGGUUGCGUGCUCCUGGGUUAGCAUUUUGCAUUAGUACUCUGAAACAGGACUUCUAGCUCCCAGCAUCCAAAUUAAAAUGAAAUACCUUUUUAAUGACCACUAAAUGUCUGUGAUGAGCUGUGCUCAGAAGUGACCUGAAUUUCACUCCUGCUUCAUUGGGGUUUCUAUGGAGUUGUCUUGGUAGCCUUUGCCAUUUUGAAUUUAGAGUCCAUUUUUUGGCUGACUAUUCUCUCUUGAGUUUAUUUUGGAGAAUUAGCAUUCACUGACUCGAAUGUAGAAAACUUUGAAUGUAUUAAGAAUAUGCGUUGAGUCCUCACAGGUGCCCUUACUGAGGGAAAGCGUGGCAGAGAAGACAUGCAGUCUGCACUUUUUAUGUACUUUUUAAGUGUCUGUAAGUGAAAGGUUUUGCUAAUAAAGCAUGAGUUUUAAUAUCUAGUCAUUAAACUGCACAAGUGCAAAUACAAGGGCAGAAAAGGAUAAUUACUUAGCUUUGGAUUAAGAGGGUAGGAGAGGUGGAGAAGCUUUUAAGUGUUUUGCCAUUACUAAAGUACCUGGGUAUGUAGCAACUGGUUCAUGGUUAGGUAUAAAUGUUACUUGCUUGUUCAAUUGUUUCAAAAUGUGCUAAUUCCAAAGCCACAUUUAAAGUCUAAUCAUGGAAAUAUAAAUGGGUGAAGACAUAAAUUACUGAUUUCUUUAAAAUGUUUAUAAACCAUCCUAUAUAUGAAAUGAAACAUUUACCUUCUCUCUUUAUAAUGAGAUGGCAACUUGUCAAAUCAUGAAAACAUCCAGAAUCCAAGUGCCACUUAAUAUUUGAAGCCAUACAUAAAUUUUAAAGGAAAAUAAACCAGGAUAAAAAGUUUUAAAAAAUAUGAUAGAAUCCUUCUAUACUUUCUUAAUCUUUUAUUUAAAAAAAAAACUCAAGAAAAGGAUUCCAUUGUGUAAUUUAUUAAAAAAUUAUAAUCAAGUACUUUCAGGGACCCAAUUCCAGUAAAUUUUUAAAGGCAUGUGAAAGGUAUCUUUUAAUCAUGGAUUAGCGUGGUUAAAAAAGAGGACAUCUUAAUGAUCAAGAUACUCAGACAACACACAGGAACAACUUGCACAAUCGGAAAUAUGACUGGCUGUCAUCAUUUAGCCAAAAAAUACAUACUGGGGAAAUCCUUUAUAAUGCUAACUUGGAAUUAUCUGAAACAUUCAUUUUCUUGGAACCUUCAACAUCUCUGGUUCUUAAUAACUUAGGAUGUGGAAUGCCUCCUUUAUAAUACUUGACUAAACCUACCAUCUGGGGUGGGAAUGUUUUAAAUACACACACACAUGCCGGUUAGGUUGUCAAAGUUCUGAUUCUGAAUUUUAAAAACAGCAGCAGCAGCAGCAGAGGCCACAGAACUUAGGAAGUCUUGUGUAUCUCCAGGCAUGUGGGUCUAAACCUGAUCGUCUCAACAUUUUCUGUUUCAUUGAUCAGUGGUGUGCGAAGUUUGGCUGCUCGUGGUAACACAGUGUACUGCAGUUUUAGGUCAUCGGGUAAAAUAAUGCCACAGUGGUUUCCAUCUGUGCUUCAGUACCCAUAUCUUUUCUUUUCUUAGAAAAACAUCUUAAAGGUUAAUUUCAAGUAAAAUGACUUUCCUUCUGGGUAGCCUAUUAGCAAAACAAAACUUAGUAUUUGGAUGGAGUGAGCAUAUUCCACUCUUUGUAGCCCUGCCUAUGUUCUAACCUGCUCUGUUUAUGAACAAAGGUCCUUGUGAGCUGUAGGUUAUGUAGGUAUCACCCAGGUUUGGUAACCUCCGUUUUAACACAGUAGCCUUCAAGAGUGACUUCUGCAAAUGAAAUGAAGAUGCUUGGCUAGCUUGCUCCAUUCUGAAGGUAAACUGGAAUUUUAUACAGUUUUAUAGGCUUAAAACCUAAAUUUACAUAUGUUUGGAAAUUGAAUAGAUAUUGUUGAUAACAUAAAGUGUAUUUUAUUGAAAAGGUGUUUAGACUUUGACCAAAUACAUGUCGGUAUUAUGUUAAUGUUCUCUGUUUAUAAAAAUUGAACUGAGAUAGACUCAGUCAUUCAGUGGGCUGAUGAGAAUUCUGGUCUUUGUUCUGCCCUAGGGGUAGGGUAUAGAGAAGGUUACUUAUUUUCCAUGGCAGAACCCCAGAAGGCUUUAACAAAUCAGAUUGUUUGCCCCCAAAACUUCCUUUUCCCUGCUUGCCUGCAUAUGUCCCCAGUGCUGGUACACAUGUGCAGAGCUUCACCUGGAGGGUGGUGAGGCCAGGCAGCCUGUGGUUUCUGCUGUAGAGAUGGUCCCAUGGUGAACAUGUUCCUGACCUUUCCUACGUACAAACACACUCACCACGAGGCAGCAGCAGUGUGGUGGGAGGACCAUCCCUGGGACGUAGGAAGGACAUGUGGGUUCUAGUAUCGACUCUGUGUGACCUGGAUAAGUCACUUAACCAGUUUGUGAACAAAAGGUGUUUGCCCUUCCAGCUGUAAACGCUGCCCUCCAUUCCUGCCCCAUGACGUGUGUGUGAGUCAGGGAAGCUCUUAGGGACACGAGAAGGAAAUACAUCUGGGAUCUUGCCAUGAUGCUGCCCUUAGGAUACUGGCCCUAGAACUACCUUAGGAUGUGUUGGGCUGUAAAUGUCCUAAAGCCCAGGACCCAUUACUGCAGGGCUGAUGAAAUUCUAUUCCUUAGAGGAGAGGGUGAAGUGAGGCCCAGGAAAUGGCUUUGUCUCAACUGUAUAUGCUCUGCCUGCAAGAGGCACAGCUUUUCCUUGUCCCCUGGCAGACUGGGGCUUUGGAACUGGUCUGUGUUUAACCUAACUGAGAGGAGGAGAUUUGCAUGAACAAUAGCUGGAAGAGAGUGAAAGAUGAGUGCUAUUACUUUCUUGCCGUGUCAUCCAGUAGGGAGAAAAGUGACAGUGAAAGUCAAAUAUGAGAGAGAAUGCUUGGGGGAGUGCUUGAUUGCCCACUGGUCACUGUGGACCAGGUGUGAAAUUGGAGCUCAUGCCUAUGAUAACAGUACAAAAAAAACACCAUCCCGGGUUUGAGGGAAUCAUGGAGACAUUUUUUGUAUAGUUACCUGGGCACUUUGCUCUGCCUGAUAAUCUCGAGCAGACUUCAGGGAAUCAGAGUGAACUGCAGAGCCAGGGAAGGAGGUGAGACCCCACACAGCACCUGUCGCCACUGUCCCCACUGUGUCCCUCACGUCUCCCAGCCCCAUUGCAGCACAUGGUACAUUUUGUUUUUCCACGGCCGGAACACGAAAAGUCUCUUACAUAAGGAUUCUCCUUGUGUCCUGGUGCCAGAAUUAGGUUUCCUGUGUACUUAAAUGAAAACCUCUCUUCUAGGAGUUGCUAUCAUUUUUCAUGUAUAAACAGAAACCAUUCUCUAGCACAAUAUGUCUCUGAAUAUUGUUUCUCUUUCAUAAGAGCACAAAGUAUAUGGACCUAGGGGAGCUGUAAUCCCAGGGAUCAUCAGAAUUUGUGUUUUAGGAAUAUGCCUUGCAUGUUAAAAUUCACAAGUUGGGAAGCUGUGAUAGGAAUAAAUCUGAUUUCCCACAGAGAGAGGCACAAAGGAAUAGGCAGGACUUAAUUUGGGGUGUGGAGAAAUGAAUAAGGCAGAAUGAGAGAGUCAGGGUCUGACAGUUGUCACAUGAGAUACAGGAAACUGUUUUCAUGGCUUUCUUCACUAGAGACCUUCUGUCCUCAAAGGGACUGACCAUAUUGAGAGGCAGAGCCUUGUGUUGGCAAUGGCUUUGCGACUUUAAAAAUGCUCCCCAGCCGAGGAGACAGCAAGGGUCCUCCUAAUCUGGGGGAGUUCUUUCCCUCCAUAAAACCAGCUACCAGCCAGAGAAGCCUGUCUCCCCAAAGUGCAGACAGAUUUAAGAGGGACCCCAGUUACCUGGCAGAUAAACCGUGGAGCCACACUCAGGUCUCAGAGGUGGCUGGGAGGAGAGUAUGGUUAAGAAUUUGCCCUCAGGCUAGAGGGUAGAGCUCUCCUCCUCCACAGUUCUUCAAGUGUGUAGAAAGAGCACAAAUAAAAUUCAAGUGGGUCUCAGGCCCCUUUUCCUUGUAGUGAGCGUUAACUCCAAAGAGAUCCCAUUGCCAAUUGCUUAGUCUUCAGAGAAGCCUAAACAUUUUUUGGAAUUAAAAACUAAAAUCCUCUUUUAUAAAGACCAAGUCAGUUAUCCUGGUUAUGUGAUAACAGAUAUGACACAGAAAGCUGAAGCCUUUUACAUUUUAUAGAGUAAUUCUAAAACUUGCCAGAAUGCCAGUAGCCUGUGGUGUCCCUGGUAAAAUAUCUAUAGCUCCUGCUCACCAGGAAAAUUGUUAAAUAAUACAUCGUCUUUUAUAUUUUUAUUUAGAUUUGGAUUACAAAAAUACAGUACCUAUGAGCAUUUCAUGUUAGAAACCCCAUUUAAAGCACUCUUAAGGUUGAAUAGGCACAAGCAGUUAAAAGUGUGUGCCAGGCCACAUAAAAAUAAACAUUUAAUUUGCUUAGAACUGUAUUCAAGUUGUUUGGUACCAGAGAGAAAGCUACCAGUUAGUUAUUUGUAAACUGCCUUUUCCUGUUUGGUUUUUUUGUUUUUGUUCUUUAGAUUCACUUUCUCCUAAUAUUUAGGCAGAUGAAGGUGCAGUGCUGUGCUCUGUGCAAAGGUCAGCUUUUGCUUUUUUUUUGAGACAGAGUCUCACUUUGUCGCCCUUGGUAGAGUGGCGUCUUAGCUCACAGCAACCUCAAACUCUUGGGCUCAAGUGAUCCUCUUGCCUCAGCCUCCCAAGUAGCUGGGACUGUUAAGGGGCCCGCCACAGUGCCCAGCUAUUUUUAGAGAUGGGGUCUUGCUCUUGCUCAGGCUGGUCUCCAACCCUUGAGCUCAAGCGAUCCACCUGCCUCAGCCUCCCAGAUGCUGGGAUUACAGGCGUGAGCCCCUGCGCUCAGCCCAAAAUGUCAGCUUUUAAGAGGAGGAAGUAAGUCUAGUGCUCGGACUGAAGUAACUAUCUGUGAUGCAGUCUUAAUUUGUGUAUGAAGAGCAAAUUUUAGCCAUCUACACAAGAAGCAAAAGCAAGGAACAGUUGUCGGGGUUUUUUUAGGCAAGAAAUGUUUCGUGUAGGGUAUGUGUGCUUUCUUUGCCUUCAUAUUUCCUUUCAAAGAAAUCUCUUGUAAAUUACAAAACUGUGAAAUGGGUUGCCAAAAAUUGUUGCCCUUUGUUAGAUGCUUUAAACAGUGUAAAUUCUAGAUUAAACCCACCUACACCUGCACCCGCCCAGAGGGAGGGCCUAAUUCACAUUGGAAUUAUCAUAAGCUUGCUAUUAAAGAGCCUUCCAAA